AUGAACCGCGAUCAGGCAACCCCUUUCAUUAACCAUUUGCUCAAGCUCAUGCUGGGUCGAGGUGGAAGCGAUGUGUUUAUUACGGCAGGAUUUCCGCCCGCCCUCAAGAUAGACGGUAAAAUCGUCAAAAUAUCAGACCAGCCCAUGAAAGCGGCGCAAACAACAGCGCUGGUCCGAGCGGUCAUGAACGACCGCCAGCUCGCUGAAUUCGAGCGCACCAAGGAGUGCAACUUCGCCAUUUCCCCACCAGACAUCGGGCGCUUCCGGGUCAGCGCAUUUGUGCAGCAAGGCCAGUCCGGUAUGGUGCUCAGGACGAUUCCGGCCCGCAUACCCACCAUAGAUGGACUGGGCCUGCCAGCGAUAUUGAAGGAAGUGGCGCUGUCACGGCGCGGCCUGUGCAUCUUUGUCGGGGCCACCGGUGCUGGAAAAUCCACCUCCCAGGCUGCGAUGGUGGACUGGCGCAACGAAAACACGCAAGACCACAUCAUCACCAUUGAAGACCCCAUCGAGUUCGUGCAUCCGCACAAGAACUGCGUCAUCACGCAGCGCGAGGUUGGGCUGGACACCGACUCCUGGGAAGCAGCACUGAAGAACACCUUGCGCCAGGCGCCCGAUGUGAUCCUGAUGGGCGAAAUCCGCACGCGGGAAACCAUGGACCUCGCCAUGCAGUUUGCGGAAACCGGGCAUUUCUGCUUGGCAACAUUGCAUGCCAGCAGUGCCAAUCAGGCGAUGGAGCGCAUCGUCAACCUCUUCCCAGAAGAGAAGCGAUCACAGUUGCUGAUGGACCUGUCGCUCAAUCUGCGGGCCUUUGUGUCACAGCGUCUGGUUCCGCGGCAGGACAAGAUGGGUCGCUAUGCUGCAGUGGAGGUGAUGCUGAACUCGCCGCUCAUUGCCGAUCUGAUCGCGAAAGGGAGCGUGAGCGAGAUCAAGGAGAUCAUGAAAAAAAGUCGGCAAGCGGGCAUGCAGACAUUCGAUCGGGCGCUGUUCGAGGCGUUCGAGUCCAACCUCAUCACGCUGGAGGAUGCCUUGCGUCACGCCGACUCGAUCAACGACUUGCGGCUGCAAAUCAAGCUCAGUAGCCGCCGUUUCAAGGCUGCUGCAAACUUGGCAACGGGAGCCGAACACCUGGCGAUUGCCUGA